AUGGCUGGGAAGAUUCGCCGGGUGGCUGUGAUUGGCGCCGGACCGAGCGGUGCCAUCGCAACCGACGCCUUGGUCAAGGAACAAGCUUUUGACACCGUCCGAGUUUUUGAUCGGCGGGCCGUUCCGGGCGGCACAUGGAUCUACACCCCUCAUCUACCAGCAGCAAUCCCAUCCCUGCGCAAGCUCCUCGAUGGAAACGCUGACGCCCCCGUCGCCAUCCCAACGCAGCUUCCAGCGCAGACCGAAAAGUCAGAAGCCGUCAACAGUCACCAAAUCCGCUUCUCAGACACAGCCCAGCAUGAGCAUCUGCAUACAAACAUCACACCCGAGAUCAUGAGCUUCACCACGGAGCCUUUCCCCGAGACGUUGACUGAUCGCAUCCGAGAGAAGUACGGCGAUGAUGCUCCGUUUCGGGGUCGCGGUCAAAUCAGGGACUGGGUUGAAGACAUCUUUGUGCGAAAUGGUCACGAGAAGCUGCUCGAACUCAGUACCACAGUCGAACUUGCGGAGAAGAAGGGCGAUGAGUGGGUUCUCACCCUGCGGAAAGAGCUUCCAGGAAAGGAUCAAUGGUGGCAAGAGAGAUUUGAUGCCAUUGUAGUUGCAACUGGCCAUUACAACAUUCCUUGGAUACCCGACAUCAAGGGAAUCGCCGAGUACGAUGAGAGAUUCCCGGGAAGGAUUGUGCACAGCAAGCACUUCAGAGGCUCUGAUAAAUACAAGGGCAAGAAAGUGAUUGUUGUUGGAGGAUCCGUUUCCUCACACGAGCUUCUCCACGAAGUCCUUCCGGUCGCGCAGCACCCGGUCUACGCUUCUCUUCGAGGCGAUCCAAUUCCGCACUUCGGCUGGGAACCUUUCACGCAUCCUCACAUUUCGAUUCAAAAGCAAAUCGUUCACUUCUGCUCCAAGACAGGGACCAUCACGUUCGAAGAUGGCACCAAAGCAGAGGAUGUCGAUCAUGUAAUCUUUGGCACUGGCUACACAUUCAGCUUCCCAUUUCUGCCUAAAGUGCAGGAGAGAGUGGUGCAAGCUGACCGCCGCUUGCCGGGUGUUUACUACCACACGUGGGAUAUUGAGGACCCGACGCUCGCUUUCCUCGGCAUGUGUGGUGGAGGCUUUACGUUCAGACUUUUCGAAUGGCAAGCUGUCGCUGUCGCUCGACUUCUUGCUGGUAGAGGAAAUCCGUUGCCAUCGAAGGAAGAGCAGAAAGAAUGGGAACGAAAGCGCGUUGCCGAGCUCGGAGGCGGCAAGGCAUACUACACCAUCGCGCCGGACUACAAGACAGUCUUCGAGUACUUCAGAUCAGUUGCAGGCGAUCCUGAACCAGGCACAACUGGCCGUGUGUUGCCGCCGUUUGACGACAAUCUGUUAGAUAUUUGGGCUACGAUGGGAACGGCUAAGACCAAGUCUUGGCAAGACUCUCGAAAGAAGGCGGAAGAUGAGCUUGAGGGCCAGAAAAUCAGGGCCCGGCUCUGA